AAAGAGUGAUCGGAUGGGGGUUGAUGCGGUGGCUGUGAGGGAGCGUAUUGGUCGGUUUAGGCGGUUUGGUUGACGUUGGGUGAUUUAAGGCUUCAGAUGAUGAGAGAGGCUAAGACGAUGCUGUUUUGAUGUACUGCCUAGUAGUGCCCAUGAGAUAGUAUAAGUAGUGACGUUGAGUAGCACAUGCCAUAGAGGUGAAAUCAGAUUGAAGCUGAGAAUUAACAUACAAGACUUAUACUUGGCGCAACAAGAAUACAUCACUCGAAUACUCGACACUUUCACAUUUAACUUGUGCUACCUACCAAUCAAUACACAGGCAUCGUCACCACCAGCAUACACAAUGGCUGCUACCGCCACUCAAACUGAGGUGCUCUUCUUCAACCGAAAGCCCUCACGAACUUCAACUGGAGCGUCAUCUCUUCCACCAGCCUACGACUCCGGCAGCUACGAACUCAGACCCCUAUCCACCACAUCCUCACGCUCCAGCAAUUCUCCUCCUCAAUACGACACCCUCGAUGCCGGUGGCUCGUCCUCUUCAUCUCAAUCAGCAUUCCACUGCACCAAGGCCUUCCAGAUCGAAACACGCGGCCAGCCUCUCAUUGCUCUACCCAUUCCUCCUCGACCGGUACCUAUCCCCGUAUACAACGUAGAUCUCGCUUCAGAUACCGUCACAGAUCUCGCCUACGAGUCACUUCGUCCACUUCGAAACUCUGGCAACUGUAGCCUUGUCCGAGCCGGUGACUCUGAAGAGAAUCCCAUCUGUCGGACUACAUAUCGAUGGGGUCCUGGUAGGCCACCCAGGAUGGAGCUUGCUGGCGACAUGGCUCUUGAUGAAGAGUUUGAAGUCGUGAGCAAGGGACUUACUACGAGAUCGCAAGUGUUCCGCACGCACCUUGGUACGUUUCAAUGGCGCUACGCCGGACGCGAAGAGAGGAAGGCUGCUGGAGCGAACAAUUUGAUGGUUCUCGAUCGGAUCAUCAUGGUGGCUCUUGAGGGCGGAGGCCAAGAAGAGAGGAGGACUCCCGUAGCGAAAUUCCUGAGGAAUGAAAUGGUGAGGACGCAUGGAACGAAGGCGACGACGGCUGGGAACGGGGGAAGGCUGAUGAUGAACUUGACUGAGUGGGAGAGGACUAAGGGGGAGGCAGAGCAGCUGGAGGUGUUGGUGAUUGCCAGUUGCUUGUUGAUGCUGAAAAAGGAGGUUGAUAGGAGGAGGAUGCAGCAGGCUAUUGCUACGACAUCGCCGUGUUAUUUCGCCGCUGCGGCCGUCCACUGAGGGACUUUUAUAAGUGAGAGAAUGGGCUGAUGAUGAAGGGAUUAUAUGAAAGAUUGAACGAUACCCGUUGACCGAUAUACUUUUUCUUUGUAUUUGAUAGAAUGACGCAUACCUUAUUAGUCUAUAUAUUCUUGUAGUUGUACAGUCGACCCGCCU